GAAACAAGCCACUUCUCGGCUGGUGUAGGAGGUCACCCAAGCUUGGGAUUACAUCCCCCCCACAUGCUCCAAAAGGCAGGAAGUAGUCAUACUUGAAGAUCCUUAACCCAGUGCAUGUGGGCGGAUCUCCUCAGUUCUACUUCCUGCCUUUGCUCCAGAAGGCUCGCAUUACAGCUCGCAGGCUUUGGCCUAGUUAACUAGGCCUCUUCUUUUCUUCUGCUUAUAUUCCUAUUGUUUUUGACUAUUUCCAAUCUAUUCUUCACCUGGUAUUCUACUACUAUUAGUUCUCUCUAGUUACUAAAGAAAAAAGAAAAAAAAAUUUUUUUUAAAUUUAAAAAAAAAUAAAAUUCAUAUCUGUUCUUCUACUGUCCUUUCUGUUAUUCAUUACCUCUCCUCACCUCUUGCCGACCUUUUGGCCGAUGUCCGCUAAAAAGACCUUCGGACUCCUGGCUAUUAGGGAGAGAUCCGCCCAUCAGCGCCUGUUCCCGCCAAAAACUCGGGACUGCGCAAAUCCUGUAAGGAAAAUGGCAGAUGUAUCAGAUGACCUUGCUGGCGCCUGUAGGCCACAGCGGUCCUCUCUGUUGCCAGAUACCGGUGAGGAGACUGGGCGCAAUUCAUGCCACCAGCAAUCCACCGACGCAGGUGGCGGCACCAGAAUCGGAGGCUUCCCUACAAGGAGGCCCCGUUGGUGGCCAGAUACCGGUGAGGAGACUGGGCGCAAUCCAUGCCACCAGCAAUCCACCGAAGCAGGACGCAGGUGGCGGCACCAGAAUCGGAGGCUUCCUGACAAGGAGGCCCCGUUGGUGGCCAGAUACCGGUGAGGAGACUGGGCGCAAUUCAUGCCACCAGCAAUCCACCGAAGCAGGACACAAGUGGUGGCACCAGAAUCGGAGGCUUCCCUACAAGGAGGCCCCGUUGGUGAGAGAGCUUUCGCCUGGCAGCGCGAGCAAGAGGUUGCCAUUUCGAUAUUUGAAAAGAUGCAAGCACAAGAAAUCCUAAGGAACCUGCGGCUUCCAGAGUUUGAUGACUUCAGCCAGUUUUUCCGGAAUUUGCCAGCUGCCACCUUGGUAGGCAUUGGUGCCUUUGCAGCUGUUGUUGCAUACUGGCUGGCUAGCCGACCAAAAGCAGUGAAACCACCAUGUGACCUCCUGAUGCAAUCCGAAGACGUUGAGGGCUGGGAUGGCGCAAGAAGGUCUGUAAUAGGUGACAGCUCACAAUUGCUGACUCACUAUUACGAUGAUGCCAGGACCAUGUAUGAGGUUUUUAGAAGGGGUUUUAAUAUAUCUGAGAAUGGUCCCUGCUUAGGAUUCAGGAAACCCAGACAGCCUUACCAAUGGUUGUCCUAUAAAGAGGUUGCUGAAAGAGCAGAAGCAUUAGGAUCAGGCUUACUUCAACAGGGAUGUAAGCCAUCAACGAGCCAGUUUAUUGGUGUCUUUGCACAAAACCGGCCAGAGUGGAUCAUUUCUGAGCUGGCUUGCUAUACCUACUCCAUGGUUGUGGUUCCCCUGUAUGAUACGUUAGGCCCUGGAGCUAUUCGUUAUAUUAUCAACACAGCUGAUAUUUCUACAGUAGUUUGCGAUAAGCCUGAAAAAGCCAAAGUCCUCUUAGAACAUGUAGAGAAAAAAGAGACCCCAGGGUUGAAAUCUAUUAUUUUGAUGGACUCUUUUGAGAAGGACCUUAAAGAAAGAGGACAAAGGUGUAAAGUUCAUAUCCAGUCUAUGCAAGAAGUAGAGGACUGUGGUCGAGAAUGUCGGCGUGUUCCUGUACCUCCUCGACCAGAAGAUCUGUCAAUUGUGUGUUUUACUAGUGGCACUACAGGUAAUCCAAAAGGUGCUAUGCUGACUCAUGGGAAUGUGGUAGCUGAUUUUUCAGGUUUUUUGAAAGUGACAGAGAGUCAGUGGUCUCCUACAUAUGAGGAUGUACACAUUUCCUAUUUGCCUUUAGCACACAUGUUUGAGAGAAUGGUACAGUCUGUAGUAUAUUGCCAUGGGGGACGAAUUGGAUUCUUCCAAGGUGACAUUCGCCUAUUGUCUGAUGAUAUGAAAGCAUUGUGUCCAACCAUCUUUCCUGUUGUGCCUAGACUACUAAACAGGAUGUAUGACAAAAUCUUCAGCCAAGCAGACACCCCACUGAAACGCUGGCUUCUAGAAUUUGCUGCCAAGCGUAAAAAGGCAGAAGUUCAAAGUGGGAUCAUUAGAAAUGAUAGCCUGUGGGAUAAACUGUUUUUUAACAAAAUACAGGCAAGCCUUGGCGGUUGUGUUAGGAUGAUUGUAACAGGAGCUGCUCCAGCUUCUCCCACUGUCUUGGGUUUCCUUCGAGCAGCCCUGGGAUGUCAGGUUUAUGAAGGCUAUGGUCAAACAGAGUGCACAGCUGGUUGUACCUUUACUACUCCAGGGGACUGGACAUCAGGUCAUGUAGGAGCACCUUUGCCCUGUAAUUUAAUCAAGUUGGUGGAUGUGGAAGAACUGAAUUACUUUUCUUCCAAAGGAGAAGGCGAGAUCUGUGUGAAAGGUCCGAAUGUUUUCAAGGGCUACUUGAAAGACAAAGAGAGAACAGAGGAAGCAUUAGACAAGGAUGGAUGGCUUCAUACAGGGGACGUUGGGAAAUGGUUGCCUAAUGGUACGCUUAAAAUCAUUGAUAGGAAAAAACACAUAUUCAAAUUGGCCCAGGGAGAAUAUAUUGCACCUGAAAAAAUUGAGAAUAUCUACAUUCGCAGUGACCCUGUUGCUCAGAUCUAUGUGCAUGGAGAUAGCUUGCAGGCCUUCCUUGUGGGAAUUGUUGUACCUGAUGCUGAAGUCAUGCCAGGCUGGGCCAAGAAAAAGGGUUUUGAUGGAGCUUUUGCAGAUCUUUGUAAAAAUGUGGAGCUGAAGAAAGCAAUAAUGGAAGAUAUGGUGCAGUUAGGGAAGGAAAGUGGACUUCAUUCAUUUGAACAGAUUAAAGCUGUUCACAUCCACUCUGAAAUGUUUUCUGUACAAAAUGGCUUGUUGACGCCUACAUUAAAAGCUAAGAGACCGGAGCUGAGAGAAUACUUCAAGAAACAGAUAGAAGAGCUUUAUUCAAGCAUUUCCAUCUGACACCACAGAAAGGUUCUUCAGAAUCAUGGACUCUGUAGUAAUAUUAGGAUAAUACUGAAGUGAGAAGUUGGAAGGAUGCAGUUGAAAUGAAUAAGCAUCUGACCUUCCAUGUGAGCCUUCUGUUGUCUGAAGACACCAUCACUGAGUAAUUCCUUUACCAUCUAGCGCUAGUUCCUUUUGUUCUAAUGGAUGCUUUAGAUGAUUGCUUAAAAACACAUUGGACAACCAUUAUGCUGUUUAAAAUCCAAUCCAUCAUAAAAUAUUUUACAGACAUUCUUAUUUGUAAUACCCUCAACAUUCCUUACCAAUCAGAAAGGAGAAGCAGAUUGGUUCUGCCCAUUUUGUAUUACAUCCUUUGAGCUCCUGGAUGAUUCAGUAAUGUGAUCUAUAGGGUUUCCAGAUGUCUCUCUGGAUGGGUACUCUUAGGAACUCUUUAGAAGCAAGAAGUUUGUGGCCUGAUCUACAAGAUGCACAUGCAUGCACAUAAACAUGCAUGCACACCUUCCUUGCUACAGUACAGCUAAAAGUUGUUUAGCCUUUCUCUCUGGCUUCAAUUAAGUGCAUAUGUGGCCAAGAACUCCUCAUUGUCACCGAGCUCAUAAAGGUGCCCGAGUCCUCCUCAGGGAGACAUCUGACAAAGACUAGUGUCUACCUCAAAUGUUCUUGGAUGCAUAAAACUACAAAUACAUCUGUUACCCUGCUCUAGAACUUAAAACUGGAAAUUAUUAAAUGGCAGCUCUAAUGCUUUGUAAAGACAUAAAUUGAGUUUACUACUUUGUGAAAUCAAUUCAUGCAAAGGCGUAAGAAGAUGGAUUUCACUGGUACUUAAACUACCUAGCAGGACAUGCCGGAUUAAUGCUAAUCUAUAACUGACAGAAGUGUUUUAGAAAAUUAUAGGCCUCAAAUUCUUUGUAUUUCUUGUACAGUGUAGCUCCAGUUCUAGAAUGACAAAUAAGGGUCAGCCCAAAGGUUUCUGAAUCUAUCAAGACUACAGGUGGCGUUUGUGACUGCACCCUUAGAACUUGGCUGCUUUGUAUAGAAGCAACUGUCUGAUGGAAACUUGUAAGACAGGAGGAUAGCUGGUGUGAAUAUCUGCAUAACUGUACUACUCAUAUCCCCACAGGAUCCCAAAUACUCCCUUCCAGCCAGGUUAAAAAACAAAUGAGGCUUAAACCCAGAGCUUUUCCUUUGCACCACUUCUCAGUAAUGCAGUUUAAGAGGAAUGGGCUGGCUUAAUAUAAUUUGGAAGACAUUGAGCCUGUUCUCAUUAUGGAUGUGCUCAAAGUGUUUCAGCACCUCUUAUUUCGAGGUGCCAAAAUGCUUUGAGCUGUCCCAGCCAAAUUGUUUCAGUGGGGUUCUGCUGGUUACUUUAACUGGAGGAAGGUGGGUUUUACCUGCCUCUCUAUUCCUCCUCCUUCACCACCACCACCACUGCCUGCCACCCCAUUGCUGCACUGUUUGUAUUACGCAGCCAGGCUAUCUGACACUGGUCCAGCUGCAUCAGUUCCCUGUUCCCAGCAGCCUUUGAGUAGCGUCUGGAAGGAAAUGGCAUCUGAGCAUGCGCUGAUGCCAUCUUGAGUGGUCUGUAUGGUGUUGCAGACCACUCAAGAUGGCAUCUGCUUCAUGCACAUCCCUCGUUCUCAUGACCACAAAUUGCUGGGUAGGAGAGGGUUAACCUCGGAACUUGUGGUUGUCUGGGGCAGCAGGACCCAGCAGUUCAAAGCCUGGGUAGCCCAGAUCCAUUACCCAGGUUAAAAGUGAGGUAGGACAAAAAUGGAGCCGCGCUACCUUUUUGUUUUGGUCAUCUGUGCUGCAGGCACAUUUUAAACUGUUCCCAGGCUGCAUGUUAACCAUAGUCAGGUGGAGAAGUGGGGUCAGGGAGAGGAGAGCUGUUGCUGUACUAAGGGGUUCCUCUCUGCUGCUCAUGCAGCAGUAUAGAUGGAGAUACUCAUGCAGCAUGAGGUAUAGCUGGAGACACCAGGUCCUGAUUUCAGUUCUAGAGAAUGCCGCUGCAGCGUUCAUGUGAGCUGUAGAACCAAAAAAAGAGGCUCUGGUCAUCUGGAACAGGAAGGUAGGAUCCUGCCUUCCCUCCAGCCCACCCCCAUUUGGUUGUGAGAGCAGCCUCCCUUGCUGACAACUUAACAAAGCAUGCACAUCAGGCGGCUCUGCAGGAACACAUUGGGGGCCCAUAUACAACUUCUGUCCUCCACCUGCACUGUUGCAUCAGAGGUGAAACUUCCCAGCUCUGAUUGUGCGGAAGUGCUCUGUAAGAAGAAACACAUUGCUAAGGAUCACUGAUGUGUUUUCUGUCUUACAAAGCAUAGGUAAACCUGGCCAGUUUUGUCUUCUGGCACAACAGUGCAUAUGGAGGAGGACUGAGGGAAUUAUGUGUGGGCUCCCAUUGCAUUCCCAUGAAGCAUCCUGACAUAUGUGCUAUGUUAACUAGGAUGAUAGCCAUUGAUUCUUGACAUCCAGCUGACUGGCUGUGUCUGUCAUCAGAUUUUAAGAAGCUUGGUUUUAGUCCUAUUGUCGUCCCCUCUGCUCUUCAGGAUCAAAUCUAGUGGCAUCAGUUCCAGAACAGAUCCCUGUCCAGAUUGCACUGAAUGCUUCCUCCCCCUCAACCCCAGGCAGUUAUUCUGAGAGGCAUAUUUCCUUCCUCAGAAGUUUCCCUCAUUGUGUUCUUCAUAAUAGAUCCCUCUGUCACAGUUGAUAUUCCUAUGAAAUCACAUUUUAUCUCACAGAAUUUCUUAAUCUGCACAUCCAUAUCGGAAUAAAAGAAGCCAGAGCCUGAACUUUUACUAGCCUUACUGGGAAAUUUGAAUGGGCAUUAGCAAGGAAGAGGCCACAGAGGCAAAUCAAUGCCUUUUUUUCCUGCACAAGUGCAGUGUUCAAUUAAUUUAAUCUCUGGUCAAAAUCUGGCCAGCCCAAUCUACCAAACCUUGCAGUUCCUUAGUAGUAAAUGGGUGGUUGGACUGUUGUGGUAGAAGUUCUGGCUUUUGCCAUCAACUAUUUUUUUAAUUAAUGUUUGUUUUGAGAAGCUGAAUAUCGUUUGCCCUAUUCCAUUCUUUGGGAAAGAAAGCUUUGGAGUCGAGAAAGAGACUGCCACCUUUGGAUUGGAGAGCCUCUUCCCAUAUUUUGAGAUCUUCCCAGAUUGUUUCUCUCCCAUCUAAGCAAUUUGUCUAAAUAAGUGUUUAUAGUUUCAGUAGAGAAAGUCACACUUGCUCUGAAGAGCUGUCCCAAAUCUUCACAUGAUGAUCAGUUAUUGAUGUGUAGAUGUAAAAUAAGUCCUAUUCACACAUUAUGUUCAACAUCUGUACAUCUGCAUACAAUAUUAGGGCUGUGUAGUAUCUGAUCCAAAAUUCCGGAAAUAAUCCAAUAUGGGCCAUUUUGUAGGAUUUCAGAGAUAGAAAUUUUAAUUCAGUCUUUGACGAGUUGAAAACACAAUACAGUACAAGUAGCAGAACUAGCAUGUGGCAAAACAUCUUUAGAUUACUAAAAUUAGAAUAUUAAAUUAUGAACAAAAUAUGAAUUGGAAUUUAAUAUUACCUCAUCUUCCUCUAUAUGCCACAGCACAAAUUUAGCAACACUAAAGGUAAUAGCUGAACUCUGGUUAGAAAGGAGGAGGGAGACAUAGGAUUCAUCAGAUUGUCGUGGCAAACUCAAUUUUAAAAAGAGCAAUAAGGGAAUUGCACAGAUCAUGAUAAAAAAUUACAAGAGGACAUGCUCCACAGUCUCAACUGUUCCUGAACCACACCGGCAGGUACGUUCUGAGAAUGAGAUUUUGGUAAAUCUGCCCUCUAAGACUGCAGAGAGGAGGACAUCACACCUGGCCAUAGUAACCACCCUUCAAUGGGUAGGGUCUAUAAGCUUAGUGACAUGAUAUGAUGGUUUAGUAAUUGUGAUUGACCUCCCUGGGCUGAUAUAUUUAGGAACUAAACUUAAAUCUUUUUGGCACUCAACAUCCAAAAUAUACUGUCUGAGGGUCAAUUUGGAAGCUGAUUUGGAUCAGGAAAGCGAUUUGGAUCAGGAAAGGAAUUACCCAGUACGGUUUCAGGGAGUUCUGUAGCAUUUACGGCAAUUAUUGGCAAUUCUGGAGAUCUUUGGCAGCAAACGGAGCUUGUAUGUUUUUUCCUGAUUACAGCUGGGGGUGGGGAGUUCUUCUGUCAUCUAGCGCCCACUUGCCUUAGCUGAUUAUUUACAAAUUAAAAAUAAUAAUCGGUCAGCUUCCAGAUGUAAUAUCCAAGAUUCACAGGGGAAGCAAUGUGACAUCACUUCCCCUGUGAUUCUCCAAUGUGACAUAACUUUUUUCCCGUGAUUCUCAGAUGUGAGUCCAAUUUUUAAAUUUAAUACAUAGGAUCCUGCCAUCCUUACCUAUUUGUGUGCCAACUUUCAGAGCUCCCUGUCUGGCCAUAUUCAUUUUAGACUUCUAUGGGGAUUUUCACUGACAAUGAUUGGAUUUCUGGAAAGAAAUCCAAUAGUGAAUCCAAGAAUGGAAUUCUGAAGCUUUCAAAGGACCCAAAACCAUGGCUCUGGAUCAGAUCAGAUUUGGAUCAGAUUUAUAAUCAUGCACAGGCCUAUACAGUAUAUAUAGAGAUUGUGUAUGUGCAGUUAUUCACCCAUUAUGAUGUUCAAUGUAUUUACACUUUCUAUCAGUACCCUACAUUUGAGGGGGUCUAUACCCAUGUUUUAAAGCAAACUAAUGUAUCAUUUACACCAAAACAUGUACAUGUGCACGGGCACUUAUCCGCACAUAGAACGUAAUAUCUGAAUCUGAAUCUGAGUAGGACUAUAUUCAUUGCCUGUACACACAUAGUUAUUUGAAUCAAGACUUUGUAUCUUCUGCAAAUAGGAGAUACAAUAACUCCUCAAUAUAGGAAGUCUUGUGAAUGCAUUAGAGGUGAAAUACCACAAUGGUAUGAGCAUUAGCCUUAGGAUUGAGCCCUAUCAAGAGAUAGUAACUUAUAAUAAGUAAUGCCUUCCUUGAAACUUCUCCAGAUCUAGUUCAGAUUCUCUAAAAUCCUUACACAGGGCCCUCAACAUGAAGAAAGUAGUUUAUGGCCACAUUGAGAGGUGCUGUUUCUGUCUAACAUGGAUAAGAUAAUUCCCUCUAUUUUUCUUUAUUGUUCCUCUCAUUUUCUCUCAUUCAGCUUCUGCUGAAUGCUGGUUUAAUGAGGCAAAUUUCUAAUAUUAAGUCUGGAUUAGAAAGUUGUAUGACCAAUUUGCUGCAGUUUACGGUUCAUUUGCAUCUUUUCUCUUCACCCAUGUGACCAGUGCAUGAGUAUAUGUAGAUAGAUAAAAGCUUUCAAAAAUGCAACCUGAUGGGAGCACGUGUUGCAUUAAUAUUUUUGUGCAGUGUUUUACACAUGCACGUAUGCACAUUGAUAAAAGUACACAAACAAAAUCUUGAUACAGCUUCAUGCACACCGAUUUGUUGCCCCCCCCCCCCGCCCAGUGUUUUAUUGUUGUGCAUAUGGAGAUCAGUGAUAGGGAGGGAUACAAAUUAAAUGGGAGUUGUGGCAAACUGCACACACAGAGUGCUUUGUUCCACAUUUGGAAAUAAUGAUUGGAACAAUGGAUAACUUCCAAAACAUCAAUUUUCCUUGAAAAUAAAACCAGCUAAUAUUAGACUCCCAAAUUUGGGUGGAAAUUCACAUAAGGGGAAUUUCAGAAGCAUCCCUAACUUCUGAUGCAUAUUUGCUUGACUAGAGAAGCAAAAAGGUGUGCUCAUGAACACUGCUGUAAGGAGGUGUUGCCUGUUAAACAUGCUAGACGAGCUCACGUUACAUUAUUUUUCUUCCCUACAGUAUUUUUAAGUUGUUAAGACUAAAUACUGAUCUUAAAAAGAAAAAGACUAAAUAUUGAUCUAAAUUGCCUCAUAUGUUUCCUGUCUAUCAUAUCUGAAAUUCAGCUGAAGAACUAAAAAAUAAGAAACACUGCACUGAUGAGUAUAUAUGGACACUGAUUUAUUAAUGUCUGUUCUGAUCAAAAAGUAAGAUUACAAAAGUGGCUGCAUAUUUGAUGUAGUACUUCUAAUACAAAAUGUAUUAUUCUUGUAUUUUUUCAAAUGCUUCUUCUGAUGUUUUGAUUGCCCAGCUGCAAAUACUUUAUACUUAAGGAUCUAAUUCUCCAUUGCUCAGCUUCUUUCUGUAGUCAUAUCAGUGCAAAACAAUGAUGAAGAAUCUGCUUUAGUAUCUUCGUUUUAUCUAAAAACAAAAGCCAAUAAUGAGAUCCACUUUGGAAUAUGUACAUUUUUAGCAGAGAAUGAAAACUCCUAAUUUUCAUAUUUAUUGGACAUGGAAAGUGUAUGUGGUUGAUGCAAUGUUUGAGAAGAAUUGUUUUAAAUUCUAGAUACAGUCCUGUAAUAUAUUACACCAAUCUGAAAGCUUCUACUGGUGGGGAAAAUUAGGGUUAAUGUGUUGGUGGUGCUAGCACUAACACAAUGCAGAGUGCAACAAUUCAUAUGUAAUUUACCAACUUCUGGAUCAGGCACAAGCCGUGAAGUUAUGCCAGCAGGCAGGUACACCAGUAAAAAAUUACUGGUAUCAGAGACCAAUCAAUUGAAAUCCAGGUUCAUAGACAUAAUAAAAUCCUAGUCACUACAAAGUCAAUAUACUUGGCCGAUAGAACCAUGAUUUCAUUCACAGUCUGAUUCAGUUCUCAAGCUAUAGUGAAAAAGAAAUUGCCAUUUUGGCACCAGAAUCACUAGAAUCAAACUGAUGUAAAUUCAAUGUAUGCUGAAUAAGAAUUGGGCUUUUAAAAUUUCAAAAAGAUGCUCACUCAUCACAAAUUGAUUUUUAAAAUUCAGUUCUAGAUCAGUUUAUUUCUCCAAUAUGUCGCUGGUAAAUUAAAAGGCUCCUAUAUAGCAUAUCCUUCCUCUAAAAUCCCAUUAAACAUGAUGGUUCUGCUGCUGAGCUCCUUUAUGACUUGGGGUCAAUAAUGGGGGGGGAGAUAUCGUAUCCAGUCUUUACUCUCUGAGACAGGACUAUCCAAACAUCAGGUGCCUAGAUGAGGCAGAGAUAUGCUAAAACCUGGUAGGAAGGAUGACAGUCCUGCAUUACCUUGAGCAGAUAUUGAAGAUGUUCACACGAGCAGUCCUACCCAGGCUUUGGCAACUCUACCUGGGUAGGUCUGCUUGUGUGAAGUGCCAGGAUUGGGGCCAAUCCCGGCCUCCCUGGAUAGCCCAUUUUUAACUUCGGUUUUUACCUGGGUAAAAAGGGCUUUGUCCGGAAUUGUAUGUCUGCUCAAGCCCCAACGCACUGCACUCUUCACACAGUGCAUUAAGGGAUAUCUGGAGGCCAGGCUUGAUUUUCCCGACUGCCAAAGAUCUGCACUGCUCUGAGCAGCAUGGAUCAUGUGGGUGCAUGAAACAUCCAUGUCACCAAAUUUGUGAUUGUCAGGGGUGGGUGGGAGGUAAGUUCCCACACUCUCUGCCUCAGAAAUGUGAACAACAUCAAUGCUUGGCAAUCUGGUUCUACUGUCCUAGAAUGUAAUGGAAGCAAUUCAUAGCAUUUCAAGUAGGGAUGUGCCGAAACAUGAUUUGGAAGCCGAAUCACAGCACAAUCCUUUUAAAAUCAAGGGCUUACCCAGCUGACAGCCCAACAUGUGUAGAGGUUAUAUGCGUGCUAGUGCCACACGGGGGCAGCUGGAGGAGAGCACUGCCAGAGCGUGGGGAUAAUUGGAUAGAGCUCUGCCAGUACGGCAAUGGCAGCGAGCAGAGGAGGAGCAGGGAUGGACCUGCACGUUAAAAGGGGCUGAGUAAGUCCUCGGUUUUAAAAGGAUUGUGCUGUGAUUUGGCUUCCGAAUCGCCUUUCGAGCACAUCCCUAAUUACAAGAUGGCUUCUGUGCCCUAAACUCUUUAUAAGAAAAUGCUGUCUCUCAAAACUGAUUCAUAUGUACCUGUUCAUUACUUGAUCUCUUGCAGUUCAACAUGUGAACUGUCUAAAUUGAAAAGCAUAGUGUUGAAAGUGAUGUAAGGCAAUGUGAAUGUUCUCUCUGUGGUAUUUGAUCUGUGAUAGCUAUUUCACACAUGCAUCUGUCACUCCAUUUUGUUGCAACUGAGUGAUGAACGAACGAAUGAAUCUGCCCUGGGACUGACCCAAGGUCUGUUGAAGUAAGCUGUAAGAUGAUGGUGAUUUAUAACAACAAAAUUACUCAUUCCUGUGGAUUAAGAAAAUGUUGCAUUAUAAAUAUGCACUGCUUAAAAGCAUAAUUUUCUCCAUAAAGAAAACUGAGUAAAAAUAAAAUACGAUUAGGGACCCAGUCAUAUUUGAAGAAUAACUGCAUUUACAUGUGACUUUUCAGGGUAUUCUACAUAAAAAAGAGAGAACAAAUCAUUGAAUAUUUUAACAGCACAUGGUUGGUACUAGUAAAAUCCUUUUUGUUUUUAAUGCCUUGGGUUUUAUUUUACUGCAGAUAUCAGAAAAUGGUUUCUAACAGUUUUCUUGGAAUGAAACAAAUUAACUUGAAAUUAUAAUCUUCAGUUUUCCAUGUGUGAAAAGCACAAACCUGUGAUCUAUAUGUAAAUAAACUCCUAUGAAAUGAAUGUAAAAUUAAAAAGAAUAUACUAUUUUUGCAUGAAAUUUGACAACUUAAAAGAUGUGCUGAUGCCUCACAGAAAACUCUGGAAAUAUUUUAUUUAGAAAUAUUAAUACAGUAGCUGUAGAUUGUUUUCUUCAUAUUAUUAUAUUAUUAUUAUCAUUAUUAUUUAUAUGAAGGAGCCUGUGCUAAAAACAGGUUUUUUUGUUGUGUUUUAGAAUAAGCUGAAUGAGGGUUGGAGGGCACUAAGGAUGAUUGCUUCUAGAUGACACACAAGGACAGCCCUGCUGAAUCAGGCCCAAGGCCCAUCUAGUCCAGCAUCCUGUUUCACACAGUGGCCUACCAGAUGACUCUGAGAAGCCCACUGGAAAGAGAUGAAGGUGUGCCCUCUCUCUUGCUGUUGCUCCCCGCAACUGGUAUUCAGAGGCAUCUAGCCUCUGAGGCUGAAGGUGGCUAUAGCCACCGGACUAGUAGCCACUGAUAGACCUUCAUACAUCUUUCCAACCCCCUUUUAAAGCCAUCCAUGCUAGUGGCCUUCACCACAUCCUGUCUCAGAGAAUUCUAUAGAUUAUGUGCUGUGUGAAAAAGUACUUCCUUUUGUUAGUCCUGAAUUUCCUAGCCAUCAGUUUCAUGGGAUGAUCCCUAGUUCUAGUAUUGUGAGAGAGGGAGUAAAAUUUAUCUCUGCCCACACUCUACUCUGUGCAUAAUUUUAUACACUUCUAUCAUGUCUCCCCGUAGUCGCCUCUUUUCCAAACUAAAAAGCCCAAGGUGUUGCAGGUGCUCCAGGCCCCUGAUCAUCUUGGUUGCCCUCUUCUGCACCUUUUCCAGUUCUACAAUGUCCUUCUUAAGAUAUGAUAACCAAAACUGUAUGCAAUAUUCCAAAUGUGGCCGCACCAUAGAUUUGUAUAAGGGCAUUAUAAUAGCAUUCUAAGUACUAGCCUGAUUUAUUGCUAAUGGCUUAAUAUAUAGUCCCAUGUAACUGACUGUCUUCUUCAGAAAAAAAUAGCUUUUCUAGAGGAAAUCCCUUUUCUCUUCAACCCACCACCAGAGCAGAGUGCCCACUACCCUAUUCCUGAGGAACUGUGUUUGGCCACUCUACUUUAUAAGAGCUCUGGCACCAUCGUUGUUACUGUUCCGUAGACAGAGAAGGGGAAAGUAUGUGAAAUUUACAGGAGUGUAUCCAUUUUAUUUAUUUUUUUACCUUGGAACUAAAGAGUGCAAAAGUGAAGAAAGAAAUACUUAAAUGUUUUAACCUGUUCAUCAAAAGCAGUUUCUAAGUACCAUUGUGGUGCUAACUAAAGCACAAUGGAGAAAUUGAUAAGCAUUCCUUUCUUCACCUCCAUAACCACCCACAUUUUCAAAACAAAAUAAGGUUAUGUUGGUGUACUCCUUGUUUAUUUUAAUUAUUUAUCGCUAUCAUUAUUAAUAUAUUUUAUUUUAUUUUGCCUUGGUUGUGUAGCAGGACAUGCUAAAACUUCCACUUCAGAAACUGUAUAGAGGGCAUUACUAGGUAAGGAUACUAGGUGGCCAGGUCAGGGAGGGAGGUGGGCUAACCCAGCAUUACCAAAACACACUGAAAGCCACAACUCCAAAUCAGGUGAGACAUCAGCAGUUCAACAUAAAAGGGAUAUAUUAUUUUGAGACCGUAGCCAACCCCAAAUUGCUACAACAGCCACUUUAAAAAACUGGGAGACUUGGGAGGGAAGUAGGAAUGAGUGGUUGAAACGAAUUCAUCUGGACUCUCAGGAAUAAGAUAUGAGUGAAUGAUGACAAUAAUGGGGGAAAUGCUAGUAUGGAAGCACUCGUCAUGUACAGAUCACAAUUGCUACGAAGCAACAGAAGCAAUUUUUUCACCUCACUGCCUUUGCAUCACUAAUCCUGAUUCAGUAUUGUAGCCUGAUGACUGCACUGACAUACUGAAAGGGUGAGAAGGUGGUGCUAGGUGGGAGGGGGGUCUUUUCCCCUCUGUUUUCCUCAUUGCAGCAGAUUCCCUGUGUCCUUAACAAAUAAAUGAAGUAGCAAAAUUAACCGGACCAGAUUACAAGCAGCUUCUGGCCAAAUGAAUUAAAACUUCCAAAAAGUGCUCCAGGCUUUUGGGGACUGAAUAGUCAUUUAAUGGAACUCCUAUGAACAGUAAUUCUAAACUAGCAUUACAUCCUUGCACUGAACAUAUGACAUAUGUUUGCAGUGGCUCUCUCAAUAAGUAUAGGGUGGUUACAAGGUUACAGUCACUACCAGUUAGCAGUUAACUGAAAGGCAAAAUAGACAGAGUACCUAAACUCAGUUGUACUACCGUAUUUUACGGACUAUAAGACGCUACGGACUAUAAGACGCACCUUAAUUUUAAUCCAGUUUUUCAGAGUUUUAACAUAUUAAACUGUUAAAACAUAUAAGACGCUCCUGAAUUUUGGCGGAUAUCUUUCGAGGAAAAAAGUGAGUCUUAUAGUCCAUAAAAUACAGUAUUUGUUCAAUGCUUUGAAAAGGGGAACAACUUCAGUAUAUCAUAAAAAGAGCCAAUUUGGGCCUCUUGAGUAAUUUAUUAAAGUAUUUUUUAUUUCAGUGGGAUUUGUUUGAAAAUAGAGUUUGGUCUUUUUUUCUUCUAAAGGUUAAUUGGUAUUCUUUAGACUGAACUGGAUGGUGGUGAGAAGUUAAGCAAUACAAAGCCAACUGUAAGGAUGUCCAGAUGCAAGUUCCUGUACUCUGAAGACUCUUGCAGCAAAGGAAAUAUUGGCAAAUGCAGCUUUACAUUAUCCUGCAUGAUAAACUGCAGUUGCCACAAUUCCUUCAGCUGCCAAAGUACUAAAGAGAACAGGAGCCCUGCACUCUGUUGCCCUGGGUCAUCUACUUGCCUUACAGCAAAAGCUUUUAAUUCCCAGGGAAGAAAACCUAGAAGUUACACAUCCAUCAGCCACAAGAAGUUUCCCCAAUUAGGGUUUUUCUGAAAGGCAACAACACUUCUACAAUCUUCACUUUAUCCUUUGUAUCAUGCAAUAGAACAUACCUGCAUUCAAAUAGGACUGGCAGCAAAGUUGCAAGUAAAACAACCAUUUUCCUAGUUCAUGCUUAUUCUAUUUUCAACUAAAGAAAAAUGAAAGGAUUAAAAUAUAAAUGAUCUAUAAAUAUAUGUUUAAAGACAACUGUAAUUAUUAUUUUUUUGUCAGCUUUGGUAUAUCCGCAUGUAUAUCUAAAAUACAAGGAGGCAAAUGUGGAAAAUUGUUUUGUAAAGAACUCAAAAGACUGUCAGAUUUCUCAGAACUUGUUAAUAUUCCUCUUGACUGACAAAUAAAAUAUUUUAUAAGAUCUGUUUUAUUCCAGUAUCCUGUCUAUGUGAUCUGUAACUCAUUUGGAAAUGAGUGCCUAUACUAAAUCAUGCUGGUUUUGGUUUGGUUUUGCUUCUUACAUGACCAAAGGAAUAUUGGAAUCUAAGGUCCAUUUCAGAAAUCUUCAGUGAACACAUUGAUACCAGUUUCAUGAAGACGGUUAUUCAAGAGCCUGUCUUAAUAGUGUGAACUUCUUGUUAUAAAAGUGGCAGCAACAGCAUUACAAAUGUAUGAGCUUGUUUAACAUGAACUAAUAACUGGGAAUGCAUAGUAUUUUUUCAGACCAUGUGUUUAAAAUAAAGUUGAGAGAAUUAUUCAGCUUA